AGUCAUAAUUGCGGCGAGUUGAGAAUAUCUGAUGUGGGAAGUAAAGUCACGAUCUCUGGUUGGGUCCAAAAAGGAAGAGAUCUAGGUGGACUCACUUUUGCUGAUGUGAGAGAUAGAUAUGGCGUGACACAGCUGGUAUUUAACAUGGACGAAAACGCAGAUUUGUGUACAAAAGCCCGUAAACUUGGUAGAGAAUUCGUCAUUCAAGCUACGGGAAUAGUUAGAGAAAGAUCAUCCAAAAAUGCAAACAGAAGUACUGGAGAUAUCGAGAUAGAAGUCCUAGAACUGAACAUUCUGAAUGAAUCAAAAGUACCACCAUUCAGCAUCGAAGACGAAACAGAUGGUGGCGAUGAUCUCCGUAUGAAAUAUAGAUACUUGGAUAUCCGACGAACACCCGUUCAGAAUAAUAUCAUCUUUAGGUCCAAACUGGCACUUGAGACUAGAAAAUACUUAGAUUCACAAGGAUUCAUAGAAGUAGAAACACCCUUUCUGAUCAAAAGUACACCAGAAGGAGCAAGAGACUUUGUAGUGCCGAGCCGACUCAACCAAGGUCAAUUCUACGCAUUGCCUCAAUCACCACAGACUUUCAAACAAAUAUUGAUGGUAGCUGGUAUUGAUAAGUACUUUCAGAUUGUGAAGUGUUUUAGAGAUGAAGACCUUAGAGCAGAUAGACAACCAGAAUUUACACAGAUAGACUGUGAGAUGUCAUUUGUCCAUAUAGAAGAUAUUCUCAAUACAUUUGAAGGAUUAGCAAGACACUUGUUUUUACACACGCUUGGACUAGAAUUGGGAGAUUUCCCACGUAUGUCUUAUGAUGAUGCCAUGCAAAAGUAUGGUUCAGAUAAGCCAGACCUUCGUUUUGAUAUGUCAUUUGUGGAGAUGAAUAGCUUUGUAAAAGGCAAGGGUUUCAGCAUCUUUGAUGAAGCAGAAAUGGUCGUUGGUAUCUGUGCUAAAGGUAUCGCCGAAAAAUAUUCCAACAAAGACCUAAAAGACCUCACAGAAUGGCUUCAAAGACCACAAAUAGGUGCCAAAGGACUUGUUUAUGUAAAAUAUCAGGAAGAUGGGAGCAUCAAAUCUACC